AAACCACAAAGGCGACCAGCAGAAAGUGACGCUGAGAAUGGAGAUAACAAUGUUUUUCCAAUUGCUAUUGCUAAUCUGCUCUCUCUCCACAGCUCAGCUUCAACCAGACUCUGACAAUGAAAUUUUUUCACCCGCAAGGCAAACUGAAUCACAGGUAGGAGACACAGAAAAUCACUCUGCCAGCCAGCAAACAUGUACACAGGACAUCAACGCUGUGCUGAGAGAGAUGAGCGCCUCAUUGGCUGGACUGAAGGUUGGCAUGGAUUACUUACAGAGAGAUAAUGAAGCUAAGACAAAGGAACUGGAGUUGCUGAAAGAACAGUACCAAGAGCAAGUAACAAAAGUAAGAAAAUUGGAGCAACAGUACCAAGCUCAGGUAGGGGAACUGAUCAGUGUUAAAGGCAGGGCAAACAACACUGAAGACCAAGUGGAGGUUCUGAGGAGAGAAGGAGAAGUAAAACGAGUGGCUUUCUCAGCCUCCUUGUUGGCCUCAGGUGCAGGAAAUACUGGACCAUUUAACACACAGACACCUCUAGUCUUCAGACAUGUUGUUGCAAAUAUUGGAAAUGCCUACAACCCCAACACAGGUUUUUUCAUUGCACCAGUGAGAGGAGCCUAUCACUUUGAGUUCUACAUACAUGGACAUGGACAUGCGUCACAUGGGACAGGUGCUCUGUUGGUCAAGAAUGGAGAUCCUAUUUUCAUUGCAUAUGAACAUCAGCCUUCUUAUUCUAUUAACCCAUCUAAUGGUGUCACAUUGCUGUUAGAGAUUGGAGAUGUUGUAUUUUUGCGUCAAUGGCAAAACUCAAGAAUUUAUGACAGUCAAAAUCAUCAUACCACCUUUAGUGGCCAUUUGCUUUUUACUAUGUGAGCAGAAAACAGUCCUAAUUUUAUUUUGUCAUAAAACCGCCACAAGAGUGCAUCAUAAUUGCAUACAUGAAACAAAUUUUGCAUAACUUCAUAAAAUAUUGCAAAAAUCGUAUUAGAUUUUACAUUUUGUCUUAUUUUCCACAACAGUCCACCAGCACUAGUGGUUGUUAGGAUUUUCUAUUUUUAAUUAUUUUUAUGACUUUUGUUCUGUUGAAACAUUUAUUGUAAUGUGCAGUUCAUUUCAGUUGAAAAUUGAUCAUUUUACAAUUGACUAAAAUAAAAAAGGUUAUUUAUGGUCUUUAAUGAAACUGGUUUGGAAUGCUUUGGGGAAAAUACAAACUUGUACAUAUUCUUUGUAAGUGAUUAUAUUUUAAGUAGAAAAUUAUGAAACCAGGAAGAAUGUUUUUUCAGGUUUGUUUGUGUUGUUGAUAUAUUAAACUACGUGAAAAGAAAUUA